AUGGUUACAAAUCCUGACAUGUUAUGGUUAGUCAUCACAAGCGGUAUAGCAUGUUUUUUUAUGGCAUUUGUUACAGGAGCCAAUGAUAUAGCAAAUACAUUUAGUACUUCUAUUGGAUCGAAAGCAAUAUCAGUAAAAAAAGCAAUCAUAGUCGCAUUUUUUUUUGAAGCAUUAGGAGCAAGUUUGUUAGGUGGAACUGUUACAGAUUCAAUACGUUCGAAAAUUAUAAAUUUUGAAGUAUUUUAUGAUGCACCUGAAUUUUUAAUGUUGGGUAUGUGUUGCGCCUUAAUGGGCGCAACUGUUUGGUUGGCUGUUGCAACAUUUGCUGGUAUACCUGUUUCAACAACACACAGUAUAAUAGGGGCUUUGAUGGGUUUUGGAUUAGCUACAGGAAAUAAAAAGUCAAUAAAAUGGGAGAAAAUACAUAGUAUUGUUAUUUCAUGGUUUGCAGCUCCAUUAUUAGCAGGAACAUGUUCAGCUUUGGCUUUUUCUUUAUUGCGCAUAUUAAUACUAAGACGAAAUAACUCUUUUUCUAUUAUUAAGAGAUCAUAUUGGUUUUUAAUUUUUUUAAUAACUUUACCCUUUAGUGUAUUUUUAGUGUUUCAAAACCCAAUUGUGCUAGAUAUAAGAUGUACAAUGCUUAAAGAUGAUAUAAUAGUAAUUUCUUCACCAUGUUAUCUUCAGGAUUGGAGCGCAGCUCAUGUUUUGUAUUCUUUAUUUAUAUGCUUAGGUAUAUCAAUAUUUUUAACAUGUGUUAGUUCAUUUAUUAUUUAUGUUAUAUAUAGAAAUAGAAUAAGGGAUUAUCACUUAAAAAAAAAAAUUUAUGGAGAUGAAAUGAUUGAUUUAGAAAAAAAUGAUAAAGGGAAUUUUUGUAAUGUAAAAAAUAGUAGCUUAAAUUCAGUAGCAUCAAAUGAAACACAGGGAACACAAAGUAAUGCACGUAUUCCUAGUGAAAUUAUUGAAAAAAAAAAAGAUGAUCACGAAAAAGAUUUUCAAAAUAUUAUUAAUAUAAAGAAAAUAAAUUUUAAAAAUGAUAUAAUAGACGAUAAAAAGUCACUAGAAAAUAAUAAUUUACCGGAAAUUUUAAUUGAAAAUUUUGAUCCAGAAACAGAAAUAGUUUUCUCUUCAUUACAAAUUAUAAGUGCAAUUUUAGGUGUAGUUGCACAAAGUGCAAAUGAUACAGCCAAUGCAAUUGGUCCAUUUGCAGCUGUAUUUAAUACAUAUAAUAAUGGAAUUAAAGGAAAAAUAAAAGUUCAGUGGUAUAUUUUAUUAUUUGGUGGUUUAUCUAUGUCCUUAGGAUUAUCCUUGUUAGGAUAUAAAGUUAUUAAAACUGUUGGAAUGAAACUUAUUAAAAUUACACCUUCUAGAGGUUUUACUGUGGAACUAAUAUCAGGGUUAAUCGUCUUAUUUUUUAGUAUAUGUGGUAUCCCAUUAAGUUCUACACAUUGUGCCGUUUCUAGUGUUAUUGGUGUUGGUUUAGUUGAAGCCAAAAUAUCAGCAAAUAAAAGAAAAAACUUGAAAAUAUUAGAUGAUUCUAUAGAUGUUGAUAAAGAAAAAAAUUUUAGUAAAAUAAAAAAGAAAAAAUUUUCUUUAUCAUUUUUAAACACCUCAUGUGUAAAUUUAAAACUGUUUAGAACUGUGUUUUUAUCAUGGAUAAUAACGGUUUUUUUUUCGGCUAGUGUAACGGCGGCUAUUUUUUCAUUUGCAGCAUAUAGUCCUUCAUAUAAAUUUUAA